UUCACUUUGAAGAGAAGAGAACAUCCUCACUUCUGGAUCUCCAUCUCCACUCCACCGCCUUACCUCAUACGCGCACAUCCAUUCAAUUGGAUCCUCUUCUUCUACCUUCGAGUCUAACGUCAACUCCGCGUUUCAUUCUAGAUAAUUACGCAACCCGAGUUCGGAGUCUUUAUUCGCCUGCAAUAGAGUCAUAGCUAUCUCUCAACUUCAUACACAAUAAUGCCUGCACCAAGCACCCUCAUGCGCACCGCGCGCCCGGCUUUCCGCUCGCAAUUCUUCAAGUCACAAACUGCUGGUGCUUUCCGGUCGAGCAAGAACACCGGGUUCAGGUUUGGUGGUUAUGGUGGUGCGGGGAAGAGAUGGCAGAGUACGGCUGCGCCUGAGGCGGCUGCGCAGAGCUGGUUUAGCAGGAUGUGGAAUAGUCCGAUUGGAUUGAAGACUGUGCAUUUCUGGGCUCCUGUCAUGAAGUGGUCGAUUGUCCUAGCAGGAAUAUCGGACAUGUACCGCCCAGUCGAGAAGCUCUCCCUCACUCAAAACGCCGCCCUCACAGCUACCGGAUUGAUCUGGACCCGCUGGUGCUUGAUCAUUAAGCCAAGAAACAUUCUCCUCGCAACCGUCAACUUCUUCCUAGGAAUGGUCGGUAUCAUCCAAGUAACCCGCAUCGGACUCCACAACUACAACAAAGGCAAGACACCCGGUGAUCAGCUCGUCGAGGCAAAGGAGAGCGUGAAGGAGACUGCAGUGGGAUUGAAGGAGGACGCUGUUAAGGCUGUGAAGGCAUAGAUGUAGCGGGUGCUUAGAGUAGGCGAGGCAGAAGAAUGCACGGAGUCGAUGGGACACAUAGGAUGAAUGGCGGGGUAGUAACCCUGGAUUGUACGAAAGUUCAGCAAUGCGACGCGAUGGAUUUUACAAAAUGGACGAGGAGGCUUUCUUUGCAGAGAGAGAUAGAGCUUUCUAUACGCACGUGGACACGGGUAGUGUACCUAUUUCAAUCACAUUUCCGCAUAAUGAGUUCUCGCGCCUUUCAACGACGUUUUCUUCCUGAAGUGCUUCUCGGACCUGCCAAUCGAUCGUGCCACGCCUUUCUGCUUUAUUUCAAGAUCCUU